AUGGCAAAGAUCUCUCGUGGUGCCCCUGGUGGCAAGCUUAAGAUGACCCUCGGUCUCCCAGUGGGUGCGGUCAUGAACUGCUGCGAUAACUCCGGCGCCCGAAACCUGUACAUCAUCUCCGUCAAGGGUAUCGGUGCCCGCCUGAACAGAUUGCCUGCUGGUGGUGUCGGCGACAUGGUUAUGGCGACUGUCAAGAAGGGAAAGCCCGAGCUGAGAAAGAAGGUCAUGCCCGCUGUUAUCGUCAGACAGGCCAAGCCAUGGAAGCGAACUGAUGGUGUUUUCUUGUACUUCGAGGACAACGCCGGUGUGAUCGUCAACCCCAAGGGUGAGAUGAAGGGAUCAGCCAUCACAGGACCCGUCGGAAAGGAAGCUGCUGAACUCUGGCCACGUAUUGCAUCCAACUCCGGUGUCGUUAUGUAA